AUGUUAAUUCUGACAUCUAUUCUAUAUCUAUCUAUCUAUCUAUCUAUCUAUCUAUCUAUCUAUCUAUCUACAAGAAUACAAAGUAUUUAUUUCAUAAAUGAACAAGCGGUAGGCGAUGUUAAUUUUGACAUCUAUCUAUCUAUCUAUCUAUCUAUCUAUCUAUCUAUCUAUCUAUCUAUCAUUGUUAAGUAUCUAUCUAUCUAUCUAUCUAUCUACAAUAAUACAAAUGAUUAUUUCACAUAUGAACAAGCGGUCGACCAUGUUAAUUCUGACAUUCAUCUAUCUAUCUAUCUAUCUAUCUAUCUAUCUAUCUAUCUAUCUAUCUAUCUAUCUAUCUAUCUACAAGAAUACAAAAGUAUUUAUUUCACAAAUGAACAAGCGGUAGACCAUGUUAAUUUUGACAUCUAUCUAUCUAUCUAUCUAUCUAUCUAUCUAUCUAUCUAUCUAUCUAUCUAUCUAUCUAUCUAUCAUUAUUAUCUAUCUAUCUAUCUAUCUAUCUAUCUAUCUAUCUAUCUAUCUACAAUAAUACAAAUGAUUAUUUCACAUAUGAACAAGCGGUCGACCAUGUUAAUUCUGACAUCUAUCUAUCUAUCUAUCUAUCUAUCUAUCUAUCUAUCUAUCUAUCUAUCUAUCAGCGUUAGAGUUAUGACCAAUAAUAUAUAG